AUGGCCCCCACAGCCGUCUCGCCACCCCCUACAAACAGAACUCCUGCCAUCGACAACAGUCUAGCCAGCUACAAGGGCUAUGACCACGUCCAGUGGUACGUCGGAAAUGCCAAACAAGCCGCGACAUACUACAUCACGCGCAUGGGAUUCCGACGCAUCGCAUAUCGCGGCCUCGAGACCGGCAGCCGCGCCAUCUGCUCGCAUGUCAUCCGCAACGGAGACAUCACCUUUAUCCUGACCUCGCCACUCCGCUCUCUCGACCAGAUCGACCGAUUCUCACCCUCGGAGCAGGAGGAGCUGAGAGAGAUCCACCACCAUCUCGAGCAGCACGGCGAUGGGGUCAAGGACGUUGCAUUCGAGGUGGAUUCCGUGGAUGCCGUCUUCGACGCCGCCGUGAGCAAUGGCGCCAAGGCCGUCUUCUCUCCUCGCGUGCUGCAGGACGAGGACGGGGAAGUCAAGCUGGCGCAGAUCCAGACCUAUGGGCAGACGACGCACACGCUGCUGGAGCGCAGUGCGUACCGCGGCCUUUUCCUGCCGGGUUAUAAGAUCGUGGACGAGGUGGAUCCGAUCUCGUGUAUGCUGCCGGACGUCGGCUUGCUUCAGAUCGACCACUGUGUUGGGAACCAGGACUGGGAUGAGAUGGACAAGAUCUGCGAGUACUAUGAGAAGGCUCUUGGAUUCCAUCGGUUCUGGUCCGUCGAUGACAAGGACAUCUGCACCGAGUUCUCCGCGCUCAAGAGUAUCGUGAUGGCCUCACCCAACGAGGUCGUCAAAAUGCCCAUCAACGAGCCCGCCAAGGGCAAGAAGCAGUCGCAGAUCGAGGAGUACGUUGACUUCUACAACGGUGCCGGCGUGCAACACAUUGCUCUCCUGACCGACGAUAUCAUCCGCGACAUCACCAACCUGAAAGCUCGUGGCGUGGAGUUCAUCAAGGUGCCUGACACGUAUUACGAGAGCAUGAAGAUCCGGUUGAAGAAGGCUGGUCUGUCGCUGCACGAGGACUUCGAGACGAUCCGCAGUUUGGAUAUUCUGAUCGACUUCGACGAGGGCGGGUAUUUGUUGCAGUUGUUCACCAAGCAUUUGAUGGAUCGUCCUACCGUCUUCAUCGAAAUUAUCCAGCGACACAACUUCUCGGGCUUCGGAGCCGGGAACUUCAAGUCGUUGUUCGAGGCGAUUGAGCGGGAGCAGGAGCUCCGUGGAAACUUGAUCUAG